AUGGCUUCUCCACUCUCCGCGGGCGACGAGGUCCAGUAUACCGCCAUCAUCGAUACGAUUCUCGCGACUGCCGACCUUACGACCAUCACGCGCAAAAAGAUACGGGCUGGUCUCGAAAGGGCACUCGGAGGCAAGGACCUCAGUGAUCAGAAGGACGCUAUCAAGGCCCUGAUCGAACAACGCUUUGACCACUUCACAGCUUCGGAACAAGCAGAAGAGGCCGACACACAAGUGAAGACGGAAGCAUCACCGCACAACUCGAAAUCACAGUACGGCUACCGCGACGAGGCAGCGGGCAGCGAUGGGGAGGGAGAGCCCGCUCCAGCGAGGAAAAAGCAGAAGCGAGAAGCCUCCUCGGAGGAUGCAGAUGCGAAGCUAGCAGCUCAGCUCCAGGCGCAGGAGAAUAGCAUGGCACGCGGUCGUGCGACACGUGGCGCCAGCGUUCCGAAAAAGAGGAAAGCGCCUAAGAAGAAGAGCAGCAACAAAGUCAAAACAGGCGACGACAGUGAUGUUGACGGCAGCGAUGGCGCGACGCCCAAGCGCAAGCCCGGCGGCGGUUUUCAGAAGCCCUUCAAUCUAAGCUACCCCCUUGCGGAGCUAUUGAAGGAGCCUCAGUUGUCGCGUCCCCAGGUCGUGAAGAAACUGUGGGAGCAUAUCAAAGGCAACAACCUGCAGGAUCCGGCCAACAAGCGCCAGAUUAUAUGCGACGCACCUAUGGAGGCUGUGUUCAAGCUCCCUAAAGUUGACAUGUUUCAAAUGAACAAGCUGAUCGGCAGCCACCUGUAUCCGGUGGAGGAGGAACAUUGA